CUCGGUUUCUCUUUCUGACUCCUCAUGUUCACCAACGUCAGUAUGAAACUACGGAGCCCCGAAAGGGCUUUUUUGCGUUCCCCAGAAAAGCGUUGAGUUCGCUCAAGAUUUGCGAGUUUUGCAUAGUUUCUCUGGGGAACGCAAAUAGGUUUUCCUCAUAGUUCAUAUAUUUUUGUAAUCAACAUGUCACUCAAGCCACGGCUCCGAAAUGAAACCCACACAAACAUAAUGAACUAAACUGAAACUGCACGUUGCUCCUUAACGUGCGCUACGACUACGAAUAUAACGAGGUUUAUUACUUUUUAUAUACAAUGAACGCCUGUGUAGACUGAGCAAUGGCCUAUUGUUGACCUCCUUCGCAUUUAUGAAGGAAAUAACGUAACGAAACACAAUCACAUGAUGAUUACAGCAUAAGGAAGCUGCUGAACAUUUCGGGAACUUACGUUUACUUCUCAUCGCGUUUGCAAAAUGGAGAGACCGAUUGUGAGUGACUAUGGAUCUAACUACGGCACCAUUAACCCGGUUUAUGGAUUACCAGCACCAGCCAUGGCAACCGCACCUGCGACAAUCAUCCAUGGACCUUCUGCACCCCCUGCAAACAUGUUCGAUACAGUCCCUGGAUAUGAAGGAACAAUAGCUGGCGGAGGCGGUGGGUACCUUCCACCUCCACCUCCAUCUGUACCGAUGCCUGUGCCUGAACAGGCCCCCAGCUCCCCAGACUGGCAUAUACCCUCCAUCUCAGAGGACCGAGCACGUGAAUCUUUCGCAACGUACGUCUCCAGCAAGUGCUGUUAUAGUUCUGCCCCUGUCAAAGAGGGAGUCAUAACCAAUAUGGAGUCCUUUAAUACCUACAGGUAUCGUUUGGAGACGUUCAUGGAGUCCAGAUCUACUGAAUGGAGUCAGGAGCCUUAUACAGGUCAGCCUGUGGACGCUGGUGUUCAGCCUGCUCCAGGUCCGUGGCAGAUUGCAGCUCAACCUCCGGCCUUCUUUCAAGAGCACAAGCAGACCAUUAAAGUGCCAUAUACUUCCUCAGUCAAGAACUGUCACUUUUGUCUGGGAAUGGGAAGAAACCCCUGUACCACCUGUGCUGGAGCGGGAAACAAAGUCUGUUGGGUGUGUAAUGGUUCUGGUUACCGUCAAUCUGAUGACCGCUGCAUGCACUGCAAUGGGCGCGGGCGUGAAAACUGUAGUUCAUGUAGCGGCAGCGGCUCUUGCCAGUGUGACACCUGCCAUGGAAAGAGACAGCUGCUCGUCUUCAUUAACCUCAUUGUUAAAUGGAGCACUGAGAAGGACGAAUUCAUAGCACAAGACUCAAGUGGUCUGAGAGUGGAAAAUCUGGAGAAGGUUUCAGGGAAGGAGCUCUUCAAAGAUGCCCAAUAUAUGGUCUAUCCAGUGAGGGGCUUUCCAGAUGUUUCUGUUGCACAAGCUUCUGAGCGCUUAGUAAGAGACCAUCAGGUGAAAUACGCCCAAACAUCCCUCAUAUUACAACAGAGGCAGACGAUCGAGCUCAUUCCCAUAACCAAAGUGAACUACAUGUGGAAAGGAAAGCCUUAUGUUUACUAUGUGUAUGGAAAUGAGUUUAAAGUGAACGCUGAUGACUAUCCCGCCACCUGCUGCUGUUCUGUGAUGUAACAUCAAAUACACCUGACCUGAUGUACAGUAUAAUAUAAAUGCUGUAUAUCCGUUAAGAUGAACAAAUGUAAUGUCUUUUGCCUAUACAUCCCAGAAUCAUGACAUCUGUAGCUAACAGACACAAAAUGCAACCUGUCCGAAUGGGGCAUUGUUUAUGCAGCUUAAAUUCUAACCAUGUA